CACCCUCUUUGGACUAUGGCCUCGGAUCGCGGGGUCCCAGGGGCCGGCGUCUUUGGAGAUUUACCCCCGAGUUAUACGCGCUCCCAGCCGCCUGCGAACCCAGACCUGCUCCGGAGACCGAGCUACUGCCACGCUGCUUUCGCACUUAAACAGAUCUCAAAGGGGAAGGCGGUAGGUCAGAAAGCUCCUCUGUGGAUCCGGGCGAGGUUCCAGGCCCUCCUGUUCUCUCUGGGCUGCCACAUCCAGAGGCACUGUGGGAAGGUUCUCUUCAUUGGACUCUUAGUAUUCGGGGCUCUUUCCGUGGGACUCAGAGUCGCAGCCAUCGAAACAGACAUCGAGCAGCUAUGGGUGGAAGCUGGCAGUCGGGUGAGCCAGGAGCUUCGCUACACCAGGGAGAAGCAGGGAGAGGAGUCAGUGUUUACCUCACAGAUGCUCAUCCAGACCCCCAAAGAAGAGGGCACCAAUAUACUUAACCAGGAGGCUUUGCUGGUUCACAUGGAGGCUGCCCUGUCAGCCAGCAAGGUCCAGGUGUCACUUUUUGGGAAAUCGUGGGAUCUUAACAAAAUAUGCUAUAAAUCAGGACUCCCUAUCAUAGAAAAUAUCAUGAUUGAAAGGAUGAUUGACAAGCUAUUCCCCUGUAUGAUAAUCACCCCACUGGACUGUUUUUGGGAAGGGGCAAAACUACAGGGAGGCUCUGCCUAUUUACCGGGAAUGCCAGAUAUCCAGUGGAUGAAUCUCGAUCCAGUCAAGCUAAUGGAGGAACUGAGUCAGUUCACUUCACUGGAAGGAUUUAGAGAGAUGUUGGACAAAGCCCAGGUGGGCCAUGCCUAUAUGAACAGGCCUUGCCUAGACCCCUCAGAUCCUGACUGCCCUCUCAGUGCACCUAACAAGGAGCAAGGCGAGAGUCCUGACAUUGCUGGGCAUCUCCAGGGUGGUUGCCAUGGUUUUAGCCAGAAGUUCAUGCACUGGCAGGAGGAGCUGAUCCUGGGAGGGCGGGUAAAGAACAGCCAGGAGACUCUGCUGAGUGCGGAGGCUCUCCAAACCAUGUUCCUGUUGAUGAGUCCUAAGCAGCUGUACGAGCACUUUAAAGAUGACUAUGAGAUUCAUGACAUCAACUGGAAUGAAGACAAAGCUACCGCCAUCCUGGAGUCCUGGCAGAGGAAGUUUGUGGAGGUGGUCCACCAGAGUAUCCCAACAAACUCCACCCAGUCUAUCCAUGCUUUUUCUACCACCACCCUCAAUGACAUCAUGAAGUCCUUCUCUGAUGUUAGCGUCAUCAGGGUGGCUGGAGGAUACCUCCUCAUGCUGGCCUAUGCCUGUGUAACCAUGCUAAGGUGGGACUGUGCCAAGUCCCAGGGGGCCGUGGGACUGGCUGGGGUACUGUUGGUGGCCCUGUCAGUGGCUGCAGGACUGGGUCUCUGCUCCCUGCUCGGCCUCUCCUUCAAUGCUGCUACCACACAGGUGCUUCCCUUCCUGGCGCUAGGGAUUGGUGUGGAUGAUAUGUUUCUGUUGGCUCACUCCUUCACAGAGGCUGGAAGUAACAUCCCCUUUAAGGAGCGGACAGGAGACUGUUUGCGUCGUACAGGCACCAGUGUGGCUCUGACUUCUAUCAACAACAUGAUCGCUUUCUUUAUGGCUGCUCUCGUACCCAUCCCGGCCUUGCGAGCUUUCUCUUUGCAGGCGGCCAUUGUGGUCGUGUUUAACUUUGCCAUGGUGCUGCUCAUCUUCCCUGCCAUCCUCAGUUUGGACCUCCACCGGCGUGAGGACAAGCGUUUGGAUGUCCUCUGCUGCCUGUAUAGCCCCUGCUCUGACCGCGUCAUCCACCUCUCUCCCCAUGAGCUGUCGGAUGCCGGAGACCAGCCACACACACCUACGCAAGCAACAGCGCACACGCACCAAUACACAGCAGGCUCGACCAUCACCACCAGCACCCAAAUCACCACCACGGUGCAGGCAUUCACGCAGUGCGAUGCUGCCGGCCAGCAUAUUGUCACAAUCUUACCACCUACCUCUCAGAUCUCCACCAGCCCUCCUUCCAUCAUCGUCUCCAUCACACCUUCCCCAACCACCACCUCUGUGCCAGAUCCCUACGGCUCCCAGCUCUUCACCCCUACCUCCAGCUCCACUCGGGACCUUCUAGCCCAGGUGGAGGACUCCAAAUCGGGAAAGGAGUGCGUCCCACUACCAUUCCUGCACUGGAACUUGGCAAGCUUCGCCAGGGAGAAAUAUGCCCCUCUACUUCUUAAACCCAAGAGCAAAGCCAUCGUGGUUGUCCUCUUCUUGGGCCUUCUGGGCCUCAGCCUGUAUGGGACCACCAUGGUGCACGAUGGCCUCUACCUUACCGACAUUGUGCCACGCGACACCAAGGAGUAUGAUUUCAUUGAUGCCCAGUUCAAAUAUUUCUCCUUCUACAACAUGUACCUGGUGACCAUGGAUAAAUUUGAUUACGCCCGGUCACAGCGGCUGCUGAUCCAGCUGCACAAUGCCUUCAACUCUAUUAAAUAUGUGGUCAGAGACAGCGACAACAAACUGCCCCGCAUGUGGCUGCACUACUUCCAGGACUGGCUCAAAGGACUUCAAGCUGCUUUUGAUACUGACUGGCAGGCAGGGAGGAUUACCUCUGACAGCUAUCGUAAUGGCACAGAAGACGGAGCUCUGGCAUACAAGCUCCUCAUCCAGACCGGUUCCAAGAAAGAGCCUUUUAACUAUAGCCAGUUAACUUCUCGUCGGCUGGUGGAUGCAGAGGGUUUGAUCCCCCCAGAGGUGUUUUACAUUUACCUGACAGUUUGGGUCAGUAAUGAUCCUCUGGGCUAUGCUGCCUCUCAGGCCAACUUCUACCCCCAUCCCAGAGAGUGGAUUCACGACAAGUAUGACACCACAGGGGAGAACCUGCGCAUCCCGGCAGCAGAGCCCCUAGAGUUUGCUCAGUUUCCUUUCUACCUGAAUGGCCUUCGGCAGGCCAGCGACUUCGUGGAGGCCAUCGAGAGUGUGCGGGCCAUCUGCGAUGAGUUCAGCCGAAAGGGUGUGUUCAACUACCCUAACGGAUACCCCUUCCUAUUCUGGGAGCAGUACAUCGGCCUCAGACACUGGUUCCUGCUGGCAAUCAGCGUGGUGUUGGCCUGCACCUUCCUGGUCUGUGCCAUUCUCCUGCUCAACCCCUGGACUGCUGGCAUCAUUGUGUUUAUCUUGGCCAUGAUGACGGUGGAGUUGUUUGGCAUCAUGGGUCUGAUUGGUAUCAAGCUGAGCGCCAUCCCCGUGGUCAUCUUGAUCGCCUCAGUGGGUAUCGGAGUGGAGUUCACCGUUCACAUUGCACUGGGCUUCCUGACAGCCAUUGGCAACAGAAACAAGCGCUCGGCAGUGGCUCUGGAGCACAUGUUUGCCCCAGUGGUUGACGGAGCGAUCUCUACGCUGCUGGGCGUUCUCAUGCUGGCAGGGUCAGAGUUUGACUUCAUCAUGAGGUAUUUCUUUGCUGUUUUGGCCAUCCUGACUGUUUUGGGGAUGUUGAAUGGCUUGGUUCUCCUGCCGGUCCUCCUGUCCAUGAUGGGCCCUCCAGCUGAGGUCACGCCAGUUGACAAUGCCAGCCGUCUGCCCACACCUUCGCCAGAACCUCCACUGCCUCCACCGAUGGCCCACCAUGGGUACUACACAAGCCAUCACAACCCCCGGUCAGCUCGCCAGCAAGCUUUUUCUGAGUCGUCAGAUUCGGAGUAUUACUCGGAGAUGACCACCACGUCAGGGAUCGGGGAAGAGGAUUAUAAGUACUGUGACCGAAACGCAUACAUAGCAACACACACCAGCGUUCCACCUGCUACAUCUCACAUACUGCUGGAAGCCAGCAAGAACCCCACCUUCCCCAAGCUUACGGUGGUGAAGCCAUUCAGAGAAAACGCAACGGGCACAGGUGGAAGGAUAGAACCAGCAAAUGAAUCUUUACACAAUACACAGUCACCUCUAAGCUCCCAGGUUACGUGCUGGGAUGGAAACAAGCGGGAACAGCAGCAGGGCCAACGUUUGCCCAGCGACAGAGCUCACUUUCCUGGAAGGACUUGUCAAAGCGGCCCCCGGCUUCAGAAUGGCAGAGGGCCUCAGCCAAACAGGACUAAAGGGCCGAGCUAUAGCAAUAGCAACUCUGCCUUGCCGACGCAACAAGGCUCCACUGGGGGAGCUGUUACCAUGGUUACGGCCACAGCCUCCGUGACGGUGGCUGUGCAUCCGACCUUGCCGGGGGCGGCAUACCAGGGCUACAUGCAUGAAGGUUUUGACACAGACAGCGAGUCGGACUGUUUUGAGGCUGCUAAGAGGACUUGUGGUGACAAAACAAACUUUUCUUCAUGUAAGAGAGACUCUCUAGAGCUCCAGGACUUGGAAGCAACACAGGAGCUCAGCAAAACACAAGGUGAGUCUGCAACCAGUGGGUUGAGGAUCCAGGCAGCCAAAGAUUGCUAGACUCUCUCAAACACCAUGCCUUCUCUCUUUUUGAGUCUCUGGCUGCUUCCCAGAGCACCUUGGCGCCCGUAUGUGGCGUCACAUCAUGUCUUGAACUCUAAACUGUACAUAGAUUUCACACA